AUGUCAAAUGAUGGCCCGAAGGCACCAUUGGCAGACGUCUCUCAAGGCCACAUUUCCGACAUCCCAGCAACCACGACUUCCAAGUCUGAGGGCGAUCAUGAUGUAAAUGCAGAGACAUCAAACACUUGGCUGUCGCAGAUCCUGGGACUUCCACUCCUGGUGUCUGUUGGAGAGUUCAAUUACGAAGACUUCAAGAAUCGCUGGGGGGAGCAGGGCCGUUACCACAUCAUUGAGCUUUUGAUGGGCUCAGACAGAACGGUCAAUGAAGUCAGAAGAGAGAAGGUACGGCGGUCCAAAGCUCAGGGUCACAGGCACCGACGACAAGAAAUAUCCCUCAGAACUUCAGUCGGCGACAGUUGGAUACAGCGUAUUCGCAUUCACUCGCCGAUCCUCCUGCGACACCUGAGGCUUGCGAUGGACGUUCACGAUUGGAACACGGAGCAACCCCGAGUGUUCUUCAGACCUUUCAAGUGCCUCUUGUACUAUCAUGAUCGUGUCAAACGAAUUUUGCAAUAUCUCGAAAACCUCGACAACAAGUUGGCCGAUUCCAAACUAUUGGACGCGGAAGCCAAACGCCAGGGCGGGCUAGCGAACAGUUUUACAGGCGACAGCAUUGUGCAAGAAAUUACUUCGGGAGAUGAUGACAUUCCGGAAUUUAACGACCCAUCAAUGACGGGUGAUGUCGCGAUACAGCAUCUCCGAUGUUAUGUUGAGUUCAUGGACACCAGAGUGCUGCCAAUACAUGCGUCGUUCGCUGGAAACGACAAAAGCAUGGUUCGAUUCGAAGACUUAUGGUCUAUUUUUCAGUUGGGCGACAUUAUCUACGCUCCAACCAUCGGUGCCACACAAGACGCUGGUGAUCCCAGCAAGAGGUACCAGACGUGCUUCAAGCUCUUCCACAAGUCAUACGCCGUCAUUAGCGACGAUGAGCCAAAUGACCUCGACACAAAGGUCGUGCCUAGGCAAGAAGAGCAUAAGCAAGGAGAAAAUUGGCCACCAGUGAGCCGGCAAGGGCCUCCUGUCGGUGUAUCUUUUGCCGAUGAGAAAAAAGAAGACCUUCGCAUACUGACACUGUGGUGCUACUACAUAGACUACGAUGGUAUGUCGUACGGACCUGUCAAGUAUAGGUUUACCCUUGACGCCUUCCCUGGAAGAAAGCACAUCAGAACCUUGAUUGCUUAUCCUAUGCGCUUCGCCGCUGACUACGAGACGCUAAAGGAGAAUUUUACCUCACAGGGCGAGAAGUUCAAAGUCUUCACACAAAAGAAGCAUGUUUUCUGUGAAGGCUGGACAGUGAAAACCCCACCUCUGGGCAGAAGUGAUGUUGAACCGUGGCGUGAAAGAAAGAGAAGCAGUCCCACACACAUAGAAAGCGAUGUCAUCAUCGAUGUGGCUGAGGCUCUGAGGAAAAAGACCUAUUGGAAAAUGUACUUUGGUCUCCCUAAUCCAGGAGAGACGACAAGCACUUGGUUGGACGGAUCAGAUAACACUAAGCUACUUCACUGGCCCAGUUUCGACCACACGGUCAAGGUCAAGAAGCCUUUAUUCGACAUCAUAGAGAUCACACAACGAAGUGACGAUGUCGAAGAGAAGUUGAAGCAGGCAGGAAUCGACGAAGAUAAAUUCAUUGAUGCGUGGAACAAGGGGGCUGUACGCAACCUUGCUGGUCUCGAUGAAGAUAUCAACACUAUCUUGCUCCCAAGACGAUUGCCGGUCUACGUCUUACGUUUGAGGAAAUUCAGGAUGGUGGACAUUUUCUCUUUGAGUAUGGUGCCUCGUCAAACCAACAUCUUCGACGAGCUGAAGAUCGAUUUGAAUCACAAGCUCAUAUUGCAGUCUUUGGUAUCGGACCAUUUCGAAAAAAGAAAUUUCCAGCGUCGAGCUCCGAAUCCUAGUCAUAUCAGUCAAGACAUCAUCCGGGGUAAGGGAUCUGGCCUUUUCAUUCUCCUGCAUGGGGUUCCUGGGGUGGGAAAGACGGCUACAGCUGAGGCUGUAGCCCAGGCUAACGGAAAGCCCCUAUUCACAAUCGCCUGUGGCGACCUAGGGCUUGAUCCUGAAAACGUGGAGGAGAGAUUGAUGGAAAUUUUCCGAUUGGCCCACCUAUGGGACUGUGUUCUUUUGCUCGACGAGGCCGAUAUUUUUCUCGCAAGAAGGGACACCUUUAACUUGAAAAGAAACGCCCUUGUCUCCGUAUUCCUCAGAGUUCUUGAGUACUAUAGCGGUAUUCUUUUCCUCACGACGAAUAGAGUUGGCCUACUUGACGAAGCUUUCAAGUCUCGGAUUCACAUCAGCCUUUACUAUGAACCUUUAUCAAGGGCACAGACGGUUGACAUCUUUCGGUUCAACAUCCAACGUCUCAGAGUUAUCGAGGAAGAAAGGCAACUACAGAGACAGAAUACCGCGGAAGAAAGGCCCAAGCUGCUAAUAAAGGCCAAGAAAAUCGUCCAUUACGCGAAGCAAUAUUUUGACAAACAAGAAGACACCCCGCACCUACGCUGGAACGGUCGUCAGAUUCGGAACGCGUUCCAGAUUGCCACCUCGCUCGCUCAAUUCAGCGCCUUCCAGAGCGAUAAAGGUGCUGCAAUUCGUGAGGGCUCCGAGGGCUUUGUACUUGACGAGACCCAAUUCGUCACGGUUGCUGAGGCGAUCGAAAAGUUUGGAACUUACAUGGACUAUACAAGGGCAAAGACAGAUGCAGACGAGGCAAGGCUUGACGCCAUCCGUGCUGACGAUAUUACCAACGAGAAAGAGGUGCAGGCAGAGGUACUGAGAGUGCUGCCGGACGCUCGGGAUCGUAUCAUCAGAGACAAUCUCAAGGUCGGGGAAUAG